AUUGUAUAAAAUGAUUGAUUUGGUAAAUACUGAUUUUAAAUUCGAUAAAAUGUUUAGAAAUGCUGCCAUAUUCCUUUGGUUUCUAGGUGUUUUCCAAAUUACAUACAGUGUCACGGAUUUUUUCGCCCAAUUUACGGAAAAUGGAUUAGUUUUUCAGAAUCGCUAUCAAUUUAAAAACACAACAUUAACGGGUAUCAUAGGAAAAGAUUUCAAUUUCUUCAGGAGUAAUGGGAAACCAAUUUGUGAAUACGUCCAUAAUUGUAUGCUCGACAAGAAUAUUCAUCUAGGAAUCGAUUUCGUUAAACAAGACGGCUUCCGCGUUACGUGGACAUCGAAAAAUGCAUCGUCAAAAUUUAGGGAUUGCUUCUACUUAAAUUCGCCUACUAUGAAUUGGUUCGGAGGACCUGAAGUAUACGAUCAAACGCGACUAGAAAAAAUUAAUUUAGACGGCAAUACUCCGUACACCAUCAGGAAAAGCAACAAUUUCGCUGUAGCUGAACGGUUUUGGUUGAAUAGCUUGGGAACUUAUAUUUUCGUCGAUGACGCUGUGCCCCUAUUCGUUGAUCAAAAUUCCGAACGAGUUUGCUUCAUCUCAAAACCUGAAGAUCCCUACAUUAAUAGAAACAGAACAAUUUUGCAAUAUUAUAUUAUGACUUUUAACAACUCACUAUCAGCUCACGUUGACGCUGUGAAGUACCAUUUAGGGAGUCAGAGAGAGCGUCCUAGCGAAAAAAUGAUGUUCGAACCCAUUUGGACGACGUCAAUCAAAUACAAGAAAAAUAUUGAUGAUGCUAAAGUGAGGGAAUUCGCCAAAACUAUACAUUCCUAUAAAUGGACUGGCCAGAUACAAAUCGAUGAGCAAUGGGAAGAUUGCUUUGGAUCCCUAGUUGUUGAUAAAAAUAAAUUCCCAGAUAUAAAGUCGACUAUUGCCUACAUAAAGUCAUUAAACCAUAGCAGUGUAAAACUAUGGGUAAGUCCGUUUGUUAACGACGAAUGUAAAAUUUCACAGGAAGGAAUAGAGAAAGGUUACUUUGUAAAAGAUGUUAAUGGUAACACUACAGUUAGUUGGUGGGAAAGCAAUAACGCUCAUCAAAUUGAUUUCACCAAUCCGAAAGCAUUCAGUUGGUUUUCAAGCAGGUUAAAAGUUUUGAAAGCUGAUACAGGAGUAGAUGGUUUCAGAUUUGAUGCUGGAGAAACAGACUAUGCACUUAAGCCCAGCGAAUUUUAUUCAGUGAAAGACCAAGAAAACGUCCCAAAUAUACUGACUACCCAAUAUGUCGAUGCUGCUGCUCAAUUCGGAGAAUUUGUUGAUGUUAGAGCAGCUUGGAGAACUCAAAAACAAGCUAUAUAUACCAGAAUGGUUGACAAAGAUUCAGUAUGGGGUUAUAACAAUGGAUUGAAAUCACUAAUACCUACAUUGAUACAAAUGAAUAUGAAUGGAUAUUCUUUGGUUUUACCAAGUGUAAUAGGUGGUAAAGGGGGUGACCAUAAACCUACACCAGAGCUACUUAUUAGAUGGACACAAGCGAAUUUGUUUAUGGUAGCAAUGCAAUUUGGUCAUCUUCCUUGGGAAUAUCAUAGUGAUUCAUUUGACGUUAUUAAAAUUAUUAACGACUGUUUUUCAAUACGUCGGAAAUAUCACAAAAGAUUUUUAGAUGCGUUGACAUUAAAUUCUAGGAAUGGAAGGCCAGUAAAUUCUCCGAUUUGGUGGAUUGAUCCAUACAAUCCAACUGCCUACACUUACGAUGAUGAAUAUCUUCUUGGCAUGUACAUUUUGGUUGCUCCAAUUUUAACUGAAGGUGCCGUAUCUAGAGACAUUUACUUACCUACUGGUGCGUGGAAAGAUGGACAACACGGGACAAUGUAUCAAGGACCUGUACUUAUAAAAAACUAUUCCGCUCCUAUUAAAGUGCUACCUUAUUUUGAAAAUAUAAUUUAAAAAUUUAAGACUA